UCCAAUUUGCCUCUUCCACUUAACCCUAUUUUCAUCUUUCACCUUCUAUCUCUCUUUAAUUGCUGUGUUCUCCCAAUUCCGAUUCAAUCUAUCUCGAUCCACCAUUGUUGUUGGUGUUUAUUGCUCCAAAGCUUUUCAUCCUUACUUUUCAGCAUUCAUCAUGAAGAGAUCCAAAAAAGAGCCGAUGGUACCACAAAAACAACCAAAACGAUCUUAUUUUACUUGGAACCAACAAAUGGAUGCUAUACUUAUCUCCACUUUGUUUGAGCAAAUCAGUGAAGGAAAUAAGGGCGAUGGAGAAUUCAAACCACAAGCAUAUCAAGCUGUUACUGAUAACCUAAGGAACCAAUUGGGUUUAUUGGCUACCACCAAACAUGUAAAGAAUCGAAUCAAAGUAUGGAAGAAACAUCAUUCAGUUAUCACAGAUAUUCGCACUUACACCAAGUUUAAGUAGGAUGAUGAUAAAAAGAUGCUUGUUAUCCCAAUUGAAGACCACGAGGAAUGGAGUGCCUAUUGUAAGGUCAAUCCUGUGGCGUCUGCUUAUUGAAAUAAGAUUAUCGAUCAUUGGGAUGAAAUAUGUUCACUAUUUGCCAUGGAUAGAGCUACGGGUCAAGAAGCUGAGCAACAUGAAGAAUCUGUGGCAGCUAUGGAGAAAGAAAAUGAAACUUGCAGUGCAUCUGAGGUAAACACUGCAUCAUCUAACAAGAGGUCAAAGAAAGAUUCUAUCGUGGAUGCUAUUUUUAGAUUUACAGAGUCAUUUGAAAACUAUCUACAAUCAAACAAACUUCCACCUAAGCCCGAUUCCAAAGAGGUUUAUGAUGUUGUUUCAAAGGUUGCCGGACUAGAUCGACAUGAAGUCUUUAAGGCAACAAAGCUGUUUUUGAAGGAUACAGAAGAGUUUGUUAUGUUAAAGGAACUACCAGAAAAUGAGAAAUUAGAUUGGGUGUUACUAUGUCUCAACUCUUGAACCAUUAUGUUUGAUUAAAUGUUACUAUUGAAUUCAAGAAUUGUAAUUCUUCAUUUUUGCCAAACAA